AGCAGCAAGGAGAACUUUUUUUAGAACCUUUAUCGCUCUCCUGAAAGACUUAGUAUUUUUCAGCUGGAGCUGUGCCACCAUGAGAUGUUUAGCAGUGUUUGCAGUGUGUGUGAGUGCAGCUGUAGCUGUUCCUCUACUGGAUGCUCAGCUGGAUAAGCACUGGCAUUUGUGGAAACAAUGGCAUAGUAAGAAAUACUAUGAGACGGAAGAGAGCUGGAGGAGAGUGGUUUGGGAGAAGAAUUUAAAAAAGAUUGAGUUGCACAACCUGGAGCAUUCCCUUGGAAAACGUUUGUUUCGCCUUGGGAUGAACCAGUUUGGUGACAUGACAAAUGAAGAGUUCAAACAGCUUAUUAAUGGUUACAAGCACAAGGCUGAGAAGAAGGUCAAGGGGUCACUGUUCCUUGAACCUAACUUCCUGAUGCCACCAGACCAGGUUGACUGGCGGAAGCAUGGCUAUGUCACUCCUGUGAAGGACCAGCGUCAGUGUGGCUCUUGCUGGGCGUUCAGCUCCACAGGUGCCAUAGAGGGUCAGAUGUUCAGGAAAACUGGUAAGCUGGUGUCCCUGAGUGAGCAGAACUUGAUGGACUGCUCUCAGCCAGAGGGGAACCACGGCUGUGAUGGUGGGAUAAUGGACCAAGCCUUCCAGUACGUUCAGGACAACAAUGGCUUGGAUACAGAGGCAUUUUACCCAUAUCAAGCAACGGACAACCAGCCCUGCCAGUAUGAUCCUAAUUACAGUGCUGCCAAUGGUACUGGCUUUGUGGACAUUCCCAGUGGGAAUGAACAAGCGCUGAUGCGGGCAGUGGCUGCCAUUGGUCCAAUUUCCGUUGCCAUUGAUGCUUCUCAUGAGUCCUUCCAGUUUUAUCAGUCUGGAAUCUACUAUGAAGAAGCCUGCAGCAGUGUGAAUUUGGACCAUGGUGUCUUGGUUGUUGGUUAUGGUUAUGAGGGCCAAAAUGUUGAUGGAAAUAAGUACUGGAUCAUCAAGAACAGCUGGACUGAGAGGUGGGGUAAGAAAGGCUACAUCUACAUGGCCAAGGACAGGAACAAUAACUGUGGAAUUGCAACUGCUGCAAGCUAUCCUCUAGUGUAGCUUGACUGAAAAUGGCCUUGUUACAAUAAUCUUAAUGGUGUUGAGAGCUUGCCUAACUAUAGGUCAGGG